GUAUCUGUCAUGUCAUGCAAUGUCAGUUGUAGGAAAAUAGACGGGUUGCGUACAAGGUGUUUGUAUAAUGUUUAUUCGAAUUAUUAUGCAAUGAUUUUAAAUUAUUAAUAAAAACUGACAGUUACCCAAUCUAUUUAUGUGAUAUUAAUGCGUAAAAUAUUAGAUCCAUGUGUGUUGGUUAAGUUUUAAGUGAUACAUUUCGUCUAGUGGUACUAAAAAUGUCGUCUUUGAUGAGUUUACGUAGUAAUUUAACAAAUGGAAUACAAAAAUGGAAAAGCUGUCUAUCACAUUUACCAAAAAAAUAUCCAGAAGACUUAUUACGCAGAAGCUUUUCUACGCGUGAAUUGUUGAAAGAAGCAUAUUGUCGUACGAAGUUAAAAUUCAAAUCCAAGAAGCUACCGCAAGACGUAAACCCGAGGGGUGUUUUUGCUUGCAAUGAACUGGAUUUAUCUGAAGUUAAAGUGUAUGGAUUUGAUUAUGAUUAUACUCUGGCGCAUUACAAGCCAUCUCUGGAGCAUUUGCUAUAUAAUCUUGGAAGGGAGAUUCUAUUAGAAAAGUAUAAAUAUCCACCAGAAAUAUUACAAUUGGAAUAUAAACCCAACUUUGCUGUAAGAGGAUUGCACUAUGAUAUUGAGAAAGGCCUCCUUCUGAAGUUAGACUCAUUCUUACAAAUACAGUUUGGCGCUGUCUAUAGAGGUCUUACACCCGUAUCUACUGAAGAAGUGCUCAAGUUAUACAGAAACAGAAUUAUACCCAUUGCUUAUGUUGAGGGAGACACAAGAGCUCAUAAACCAAACAGAGCCAAGAUGGUGCAUUUAGCUGACCUAUUUUCAGUACCGGAAAUGGGUUUACUAUGUAAUGUAGCUGAAUAUUUCAUUAGGAAUCAUAUUGAUUAUCAUCCAGAAAUUCUGUUCUUAGAUGUCAAGAACUCAGUUCAGAGCUGUCACCCAAUCAUGCACAAAAUAGUUGCUCAGAAUGUGGAGGAGUAUAUUAGGCCCAAUUCAGACUUGAGGAAAUAUUUCCAAAUGCUUCAAGAAAAUGACAAGAAACUGUUCCUUGUUACAAACAGUCCCUAUCACUUUGUAAAUGCGGGUAUGGAAAUGUUGGUGGGUCACGAUUGGCGGGAUUACUUCGACGUAGUAAUCGUGAAUGCGAAUAAACCGAAGUUCUUCACGGAGGUGUCGCGUCCCAUUCGAGUCUUUGACAAAAACGCCAAUACACAUAUAUGGGAAAAAGUCUCGUCGUUAGAGAAGGGAAUCAUAUAUUAUGAGGGUACAGUGAAGCAGUUACAGGAUCUGACGGGAUGGUACGGCCAUCAGGUGUUGUACUUCGGAGACCAUCCGUACAGCGACCUCGCGGACGUUACCUUGGAGCACGGCUGGCGAACUGGAGCCAUCAUAAACGAGUUGACACAUGAAAUCAACACAUUGAACACGCAGUCGUUCAAGGAAAACGCCAACUGGUUGCAAAUGCUGACGCAGCUGAUAGAAGAUCACCAAGACUAUAAGGACGCCGAGGCGCUCGAGGUCGUCAACGAGUGGAUGGCAGAGAGGGAUUAUCUCAGGAAUGAAAUAAAGGCAGUAUUUAACCCACAAUUCGGUAGUGUAUUUCGUACGUACCACAACCCAACGUACUUCUCGAGACGUCUGUUCCGCUUCGCUGACAUCUAUACCUCCAAUAUCACCAAUCUGAUGAACUAUUCGCUCACGCAUACCUUCUACCCUCGCCGAGGUGUCAUGCCACACGAGUAUGGCUCGUAUUUCGUUUGAAUUAAGUGUAAAUUCACGCAAUCACGUCAACUGUAAAAUCAUGUAUUAUUUUUAAGUUAUAAUCAGUUUUGUAGAAACAUUUAAUAAGGUUACUGCGAAUUUUAUAAUUAAUCUGUACCGCUUUAAGAUACAUUUGUAAGUGUAUAGGCAAGAAUACUUUGAAAGAUGAACUUAUCGAAUCGGUGGUUUAAGACAUUUUUGUGUGUACAUAUUUUAGAGAAUUUUCAAUUUUAAGCUAAUUACUUUAUAUAUACAAUGUAAGACUAAAAUUGUAGAUAAAUAUCAAUGAAAAUCAUCCAACGGUAUUCUAGUCAAAAGUAUUUAAAA